AUGUCAAAUGACAUGACAAACUCAGGAGAAUAUUCAUCUAGAAUUCAUCAGAAACAUCAUUCACAGCAGGUCUCUGAUAGGACAUUUUUCAUUGACGCUUCUAAUCAGAGCUUGCCUGCCAUUCCAGCGGCGAUUUUAGAAUUAAGAGAAUUAGAGGAAGUGCAUCUGGAAAACAACCAGAUUACAGAAAUCCCCAAGGAUAUUAAGUACCUAAGGAAUGUCAGGAUCCUCUACCUGAACAAGAACAAGUUAAGGGACCUGUGCCCUGAACUGGGGGAGCUGAGCAGACUGGAGGGCCUGGACCUGAGUGACAACCCGCUCCUGGCCUCAUCCCUUCCAGUGCUCAGCAGCAACCGCAAGCUACGUGAGCUCCGCCUCUACCACACUGACAUGGGGGAGAUCCCCAUCGUGCUCUGUAAACUCCUCCACCACCUCGAGCUGCUUGGAUUGGCUGGAAACCACCUGAAAUCUCUGCCCAAGGAAAUCGCGAACCAGACCAAACUGAGGGAGAUCCACCUGAAGCAAAACCAAUUUGAAGUUUUCCCCCUGGAGCUGUGUCUUCUUGACAACCUGGAGAUCAUCGACCUGGAUGAGAACAAGCUGACUGUCAUCCCAGAAGAGAUUGGGAACCUGAGGAAACUGAGGAAGUUCUACGUGGCUUACAACAGCUUGCCGGUUCUCCCCGAGGCGCUGUGCCAGUGUACCCAGCUGUCAGUGCUGGAUCUAUCCUACAACCGCCUCCACUCCAUCCCACACACGCUGGCGGAGCUCACAGAGAUGACCGAGGUGGGGCUGAGCGGGAACCACCUGGAGAAGGUGCCGCGUCUCAUCUGCAAGUGGACCUCGCUGCACCUGCUCUACCUGCGCAACACAGGCCUGCGGGUGCUGCGCCACAACUUUCGGCGCCUGGUCAACCUGCGCUUCCUUGAUCUCAGUCAGAACUGUCUGGAAUGUUGUCCGCUGCAGAUCUGUGCCCUCAGGAACCUGGAAAUCCUGGCGCUGGAUGAUAAUAAAAUAUACCAGUUGCCUUCAGACUUUGGUUCACUUUCAAAACUGAAGAUGCUUGGACUAACUGGAAAUCAGUUCUCUUCAUUUCCAGAAGAAAUUCUUUCUUUAGAGUCUUUAGAGAAAUUAUACAUUGGCCAAGAUCAGGGAGCCAAACUUACCCAUUUGCCAGAAUGCAUUAGGAAGCUACAGAGUCUUAAAGAGCUGUACAUAGAAAACAAUCAUCUUGAGCACCUGCCUGUAUCCUUGGGUUCAAUGCCUAACCUGGAAAUUCUUGAUUGCCGCCAUAAUCUGAUUAAGCAACUUCCAGAUGCCAUUUGCCAAGCACAAGCUUUGAAAGAAUUACGGCUCGAGGACAACUUGAUCACUUCUCUUCCAGAGAAUUUGGAUAGUCUAGUGAAUCUAAAGGUUCUGACACUGAUGAACAAUCCCAUAGAAGAACCCCCAAUGACAGUGUGUACCAAGGGCCCUGAGACUGUAUGGAUCCACCUUAAAAAAAGAAGAAAUAUGAACAUAAUGGCAACAAAGAUUCAGGCAUGGUGGCGUGGAAUAAUGGUACGGAAGGGAUUUGGGAAAUUUGAAGACCUGCUAAAGUUGCAAAAGAAGGGAAAGAGUUCUCCAAAAGAUAAGAAAGGAAAGAAGGAUGUAAAAGGACAACCUGUAAAGAAAAAUAACAAAUAAAUGCUUUAUGUGUAUGAAUUGGAGUAAUGAAACCUGAUGAUUAAGAGGACAAAAUCUCCAGGAGUUAGAUGCCUCCCACACUAAAAUUACUCAUAGAGAUAUGGUUAUAUAUAAAAAUAAAUAUUCUUUUACUGAAAUGUUGACAAAUAAAAGUUCUAUGAUGACUGGGAAUUGCUUCAGAAUAGUAUGAGGGACAGAGAAGUGUGGAGGACCCAAAUGAAACAAGAUUGGCCAUAAAUUGGUAAUUGUAGAAGCAUGUGAUAGGUACAUGGAGUUUCAUUGUACUCUCAUGUCUACUCUUAAAACGUUUAAUUUUGAAUUCACAGGAAGUUCCAAAGAAAUGUACUGGGAGGUCCUUGCACCCUUCACCCUCCCUCAGUGUUGAUAUCUUACAUAACUAUAGCGCAGUAUCAAAACCAGAAAUGGACAUCAGUACCAUCCACAGAGCUUAUUCAGAUUCCAUCUGCUAUACAUUCAUGUGUGUGUGUCCAGUCGCAAGUUUGUGUAGCUACCACAAUCAAGAUAAAGAGUUGUUCCAUCACCACCAAUCUCCUUUGUGCUAUUACCUUUAGUCACACCUACCACCUACCUAUCUCUCUCCCAAUUCCUAACUGUUCUCCAUCUCUCUAAUUUUGUAUUCUCAAAAAUAUCAUAUAAAUGCAAUCACAUAGUGUGUCACCUUGGGAGACUGGCCUUUUUAUUCUGCGUGAUUCACUUGCAGCCCAUCCAAGUGGAACAUCUAUCAAUAGUUCAUUCCUUUCUAGUUGCUGAGUCGUAUAGCAUAGUUUGUUUCACUAUGCACUUUCUAAUACCCAUUGGAAGGUAUUGCUCUGUUUCCAGUUUUUUUGGCUAAUAUGAAUAAAGGUGCUAUGAACAUUUGUUCACGGGUUUUUGCAUGAGCAUAGGUGUUCAUGAAGUUCAUGGGAACACCCAGAGAAGUGAAGAAUCUUUUCCUAAAACAUCCCCAUGUACACCACUCAAGAGCUCCUCUUCUGAUGACUCUUUCUUUUUUUCU